UCCGUGUAUUUACAAAUCACAGCAGUUAGAGAAGAUCCUGGGAGACAAGCAUGUGCAGGGCAACGUUGCGUACCGUGGCCAGACAAGAUAUGGCACGCGACAGGGCACAUGAGGUCACCGAAGUGAGACAUAGACAGCAUGGCUACAUCAUUGCGGUGAUACAGUGCGCUAGUUAACAACCAUCUUGUAGGCUGCUCUUGCGCAUAACGAAAUGCGAGUUAUCAAGCUAGGCAGUGCGUCAACAAUGACGGGAGACAGGGCAGACGUGUGUUGACGUUGGACAUGACGAAGAAAAAAGAACACAUUGAUUGUCGCAAGGCCGAGAAUUGAUGGAACACAGGACAAAUCGAAUUCAUCGGUAUGUACACACUGCGACAAGCAGUCGUCAUCAGCGAUGCUUGUCCGAGAUCGGAGAGAGGCGAGGCUGGAUAAGACAAGGGCGUGUGAUACCCUGGAGGCAAAGGUGUUUUGAAAUCGUGUUUUUAUUAAUCAUCCGUCGUUGGUCUCUGGUGACCCCCCAUCCGCUAAGCUGCAAGUAGUACCAAAUGACACAAUAGCAACGACGAAAGCAGAGUGGACAUGGGUCCCGACAUAAA